AGGUGAGUAACGUCGAAAGAAAUACUGCUAGUUUUGGAACAAAAACGACUGCGCAAUUAUUUAUUUUAAUCCAUCAUAACAAAGCUAUUUUAAGAUUAAGGUGUGUAUGAACACACGAAGAAAACAAGUGAAUUUAUCUUAAAUGUAUUUUUCGUUUUGUUUGCUCUUUUUUUCCCCUUCAGGUAUUUUGAAGGAAGAGUGGCCGUCGAGGACUUUGAACAUUUAUUCAAAAAAAAAACUUUUUUUCUUCAAGUAAUGGACAUUUGAUUACUAUUUUUGCCUCCAGUUUGUUCCAGAGGGAAAAGCUAGUUUUUAGCUGCCACAACCCCGCCCAUAAACCAGUUUGUUCCAGCCAUAGAUUGUUAACGUUAUAAAAACAUGACGGUUAACGAUAUAAAACUGAUGUAACAAGAGAUCUGUUGCUGUAAAGCACAAUAUACAGUAGUAAAUAUAGCUACUCGAGACGCUGAAGUAUUUAUAGUAAGUGUUUAUUUUCAAAGCAAUCUGAACCUAAAUUCACGAAAUUAUUAAUUGUUUAGUCGUAGAUUAAAUGUGAAGUGUGCUAGUUGUUCUCCGUACGUGGUUAGCUAUUUUUUUGUAGUUCAAAUGCAGCGAAGGCUAAUGAUUUAGUUUAUGAGCUCACACAGGAAAGUGCAGAGUGGAAACGCUCCGGUUCUUUGUGUGUGAGACUGAUACAAAUCAACUAACACAUGUUUUAAGUUAAUCAUAAGCAAUCUACUCAUAAAGAUUGCCGUAGGAAAUAUUUUUUUGCCUAUGAAUUUGGAUGUUGAUUUUUAAAUCUAAAUAGGGGGAGAGAUCCUUGGAAUUUACACCUACCGCAAUCUAUACAUAAAGAUUGCUUAGAUUGAAGAUUACGGACUUUUGGUAGUUUGCGACACUUAACGUAGUAUCGUCGAUCUAGUUAGAGCAGGACAUACAUUCCCCAGGUGUUCGAUAUGUAUACGGCAAUCUAAGGAUAAAGAUUGCCUUAUUGAAAUGCGCAAGGGAGGGAAACGUCCAUUCGAAAUAUUACAAAAGGCAGAACGAUGGUGUCGGAAUUACAUCAAAAUGGCGGGCUUGUUGUCGUUUGUCCUUGCAGAACAUGCAGCCAUAAUGGCUACUGUGUUUAUAUGGAGCGACAGUCAUGUGUUUGGCUUCCCAGAAUAGCGGAACGACUUUCUUCUCGCAGUGUCCUUAUCGCAUGUGUAGCCGUUACAGCUAUAGAGGAUACCUUCUCGUUUUUUGUCAAUUGUAAAUGAUUCUCCGGCCGUGCAAAUGUAUCGUAUGCUGCUAGCUGUGUUGUGGCCGGGUUAGCUGGCAUACAUUGUUCUUUAUGUUCUCGAGGCUGUUGCAGUCACGAAGCAGUUAACAAAAGAGGGCAGGGCCUAGAUGGAUUGUCGGUGUAUAACGGGUUAGUUUCCUAGCCUGAACUCGGUCAUUGAACGGGAUCUUUAUUCUGGUGGUAUGGUAGGGCAGGGCGUGCAUUGCAAUGACAUGCCAUUUGUCAUAAAGGGCUCCCAGCUGCUAACGUGGUGCGUUUGUAAGGCAUAUAUAUAUACAGUUUCAGUAAUUUGAUUAUCUACAGGCUUUCCCUCCAUUAUUUUCUAUUUGUGACAAGUAAUUUAUUUUAGGAAUAUCUACUUGGCAUAGGCUACAAACAGCAGUAACAUUGACCCCAUAGGACAAAAGUGUUUAUUUUAUAUAAUAAUGAUUGUCAACCAGGGUUAAAACUAAUAUUAUGUCAACAAAAAUUUCUUGCUAUUUAUUGGAAGGGGUUUGAGCAAGUGACAAGUAUUUGUUACGUUGUAGCUAAAUGAUAACAUGUGAUAUCCCCUUUUCAACUGCAUUGCUAUAUAUUUGAGUAAAUACAGCAAAGCAAUUGUGUGUGUGUGUAUGAAUAUUAAUUUACUUGACUUCUCCCCCAUUGAAUUAUUCUUUACUAGGCUGUCUUAUCAAUAACUUCAUUCUAUUGACUGCGUGUGUAACAGUUGUGACAUUUUCAGGGGUUGUGUGUUAUUUCCCGUGUUGUGGAGUUCUGAGACUAUAUAAAACGUCUACUACAGUUAAUCGGGUAAGACCAAACUGAUUUCCUCACAUGGCAUUUCAAAAUGAAAUACUUGGAUAUUAUCCAAGCAAUACCUGGAUACAGUAAUUCAAAGUAUAUAAUGAAUAGUCAUAACCAUAUUAUAAUGACUUAAAAUAUUAACAUGAUAAGGGUUCAGUUAUGCACUAAACAAUGAGGAGAAUGCAUGCAGAAGUCCCGUCCCUGCUGUUAGUGUUAUGAUUUACGCAUAGUUUGGGUUUGAGCAAGGCUAAGUAAAAAUUAUAUUUCUAUUUUACUGUAUUGGUUAAAUAGGUUAGUGGAGAUUUGACUUUUUUUAUACGUAAAGGAUCCAUCUAUAGUCACUGGAUCCUCAACUGAGGUCGAUCUACUAGUGUUCUCUUUUUAUAUGGCACAGUAAUAUGACGUCGGUAUUUUCCGUUAACUAUUCUUGUUUUAACCACCCACCUGUACUUGAGCCAAUCUCCUGCUCAGCUUAAGUAUACAUUUCAAAUAUAUUCAUAGCCAAAUUAAAUUACUUUCUUUUGGUGAAUUUGACAUUUUUAAAUAUAUUUGUAUACAUUUGCUUUGAUACAUGUAUUCAUUAAUUAGUACUUUGAAAUGUGUGGAUUUCUUUUGUCUACAUUUGCAUGGAGGUGUAGUGCUUGUACAUUUGAUACAAUUUGUAAUUCCUUGUACUAAGCUAUAGGUGGCAGUAAAUGCUAAAACAUUCAUCCACUGCUCCAUGGGGGGAGACCAUUGAACCAAGGGGGUUGUCAUUGGUUAUGCUUCAGAUGAAACAUUCCCUUUAUUUUAAUGUUAAUCAUAGGCAAUUAACAUAGUCCUGUACACUUUAAGGGAUGUAUGUGUGAGGUCAACCACUUACAAAACCAAUACUUACAAUAUCAAUUCAAAUAACUUCAAUAUUACUUUCAAAGUAAUUAUUUAUAGUUACAAACACACACAAAAUUUAAAUAUGUUCCUUAGAUAACUGAAAUUAAUAGUGCUAUGCAUUUCUUAGAAUAGGCUUCUUCUGCGCUCUGUUCAACCAACUAUUCCUUGGAGUUCCCGUGCUACCUGAGACUACUGGUAAAGUGACUGCACCCUUCUCUAUCAGUGAAGGAGCUGGUCAGUCAUUCCAACCACCAGUUUAGUGCACCGCAAGGCUGAAACAAUACCUGUAGACUUUCAGUUUGAGGGCCUUCCUUGUGUGUGUGUGUGCUUCAGUGGUUAGCUUCCAAUAUGUGUCUUAUUAGUAAAGGGAGAAGCUACUCAUGGUAUUUUCCACCCACCCACACAAUGUAGACUAGCAUCUUCUGUUACGAGAACAUAAUCAGUAACAUAUUCUAGCUUCUACAGCUCUCGUCACCAUUGACAUUCAAUAGGUAAUUUCUCUGAGACUAAAACAGUACAAAUGGCAGGUUGACAAGGCUGCUCCUCAGCCCAAUGACUCAUUUCCCCUCCACUGUAGCUUGUAGGUUUACUGGUUGUUUCCUCAUAUCCAAGCCUAAUCACUCAUCUGUUUUUAAUUUGCACUUACCAUGAACUUGUUUAUGUUGUACAUAUUAUGAAGGCAAUCAUGAGUGGAAGGUUUUGUUGAAACCUCUUUUGUAAUGUUUUAAUAAUCUGAAUAAAGCAUAGCUACUUGAAUGUAUUGCACCGGCCUUGGGGGAAGUCCACAUGAACCUAUUCUAAACUACAGCCCAACCUGUCAUUUUCCCAUAAUGUGUGGUGUUGAACUGACUCCUUGCAUAUUUUCUCUCUCUCUGUUCUAUUGAAUUACUGACAUAGAAAAUGAACUAGCAGCAUGGCCUAUAAGCAGUCUUUGUAUUAGCCUCUACCCUGCUGUCUUAGGGGAAUCCUCCCGGAGCUGCUGGGAGAAUGGACAGUAGGCCCUGUCAGUCAUUACCUCUUCUCCCUCAGCUAUGGGAAUAACCCCACAGAACAGACCAAUCCAUCCCUCCGGAGAGAAUUAAAUGCACAUUUUUUAAAAGAAUGAGGCAACAAACACAUCAGUGAGUCGUGGUGUUCACUAGUACAUCAUUUGGAAUGCGAAGGCAGCACCUUGGCUGGGGGGUUAGUUGGGACUGUCACUGCCCCCCUUUUCCUUGUUUUCACAGAUUUCAGUGUAGCUGAAGAUCUAGCAAUGUGGGUAUUUUGACGUAGACCUCAGCCCACUGUGAUGUUGCUCUCGGCUUUGUAGCUAGAAGGAAACAGUACAAACUGCAGUAUGGAUUUCAGCCUUGGUCGGUCGUGUGGUAGAGUGAAGUUUGGAGAUGGCUUAUGGUUUAGUACCAAGGUUGAAUUGUCUGUAAGCCGUUACUUUUUGCAGGAUUUAGAGAUGAACGGAUGGUGUCAGUUCCAAGGAUCCCUCCCAAAACAAAAGAUGGCGGUGGGCCCGGUGGACCCCAGGGAGGUCCUGAAGGGAGUAGAGAACCUGCUGGGGAAAGAUGGAGAGCUCCGCAGCCUGGAGGGUGUCCCCAAAGUUUUCAGUCUCAUGAAGGGCUCUCACAAAAUGGUGAGCAGGUGUAUGUACCUGAAUAUCCUACUGCAGACCAAGUCCCAUGACAUUCUCAACCGGUUUAUCCGAGUGGGAGGCUACAAGCUGCUGAACGCGUGGCUGACCUACUCCAAAUCUAGCAACAACACCCCCCUGUUACAGCUCAUCCUGCUAACGCUGCAGAAACUGCCCCUCACUGUAGACCACCUGAAACAGAACAACACUGCCAAGCUGGUCAAGCAGCUCAGCAAGACUGGAGAGACUGAGGAGCUGAGGAAGCUGUCUGCUGGGCUGGUGGAUGGCUGGAUGGCUACCAUCCGUUCCCAGAGUGUCUCCGCCACCUCUCCUGCAGAUAAGAAACGGAAGAAGGAGGAGGGGAAAGUGCCAGUCCGAGAGGUGAAGGCAGCUGAUGGAGGGAAGGCAGCGGAGGAGGAGAGGAAGAGGGAGAAGCCCAAAGCUCACGCUCCCAGCCAUGCUAAGAUCCGCUCCAUAGGCCUGGAGAUGGAUGCUCCCUCCCCUGUCCCAGUCAAGAAGCCCCCCGUGGCCCUCCAGCUGGGAGACAAGUACAACAUCAAACCAUCCCAAGUCCUCAAGAGACCCAGUUUUGGUCCUCUGGACCCUCCCCCUGUGGAGAAGAAGUAUAAACCCCUCAACACCACUCCUAACCACACCAAGGAGAUCAAGGUGAAGAUCAUCCCGGCGCAACGUAAGACCUCAACAGAAAUCGCCCUUGAGGGUACAGGCUUCCUGGAUGCCCUAAACUCCGCCCCUGUUUCUCUCAUCAAGAUCAAGAAGAAGAAAGGAAGGGAAGGGAGAGACCCCAAAGCUGUCUCUCCCACAUCAAACAAGCCGUGUCCAUUCGAGGGUAAACCUCACUAUCCUUCACCUCAGGGUGGCACCAAGCCCUCUUCCCCAGAGACCCAGGUGGUCUCCGCCACCCCUCCCCACGAGGUCCCAGUAGACCUGGAGCAACCCGGCACGCCCGUGCCCGCCGACGACCCAGAGGCCAUGGACACGGGCAGCGAGAAGCCCAGCGCCCUGGCUGAACCCCGCGGCGAAGAGGAGGGUCAGCUGACCAAGAAGGGCAAGAAGAAGAAGAGCGUGCGCUGGGCCGAGGAGGAGCAGCUCACACAGUACUUCUACUUCGACCUGGACGAGACCGAGAGAGGUGAGAGAACAAAAACUAACGUCAACGUCAACAAGGUCAAAGACUUUGGCGAGGCGGCGAAGCGCGAGAUGAUGAUGGACCGCCACACGUUUGAGAUGGCGAGGCGCCUGUCCCACGACUCCAUGGAGGAGCGCGUCCCCUGGAGCCCCCCGAGGCCCCUGGCCCUCACCGGCCCCCUGGUCAACGCUGGUGCCAAUAGCACAGAGAGACUCACACAGAGGGACCGCGAGACGGGCAUCCUGCAGGAGAUCUUCCUCACCAAGGAGAGUGUUCCUGACAGCCCCCAUGAACCAGAGCCUGAGGCCUACGAACCCAUGCCUCCACGCCUCAUACCCCUGGACGAGGACUCGACCAUGGUGGAUGACAGCUACAUGGAGCCCAUGGACACGUCGUCCCAGCCUGGCUCUGGCGUGGGCCCUGGGGGGGUGGAGGGCUCCAAGCUGCCCCCCGUCCUCGCCAACCUCAUGGGCAACCUGGGGGCCAACAACCUUUUGAGUAACCUAGGCAACAUUGCCCAGGGCACGCCUGGUGCCCCCGCUAACCCCUCCGUCAACGUACAGGAGUUACUCACCUCCAUCAUGGGAGCUAGUGGUGGCCAGUCUACUGAGGACCUGAUCAAGCAGCCAGACUUCUCUGAGAAGAUCAAACAGCUGCUGGGCUCUCUACAGCAGACCCAGAACCAGGGCCCCCCCACCGGACCCCCGCCCGGAGUGAGCCAGGGCCUGUUGGGCCACGGUCCAGGCAUGAACAACAUGCCCAACAUGGGCAUGCCCAUGAACGGAGUGGGGUACCCUCCUGCAGGCAAGCCCCUGGGCCCCGGAGGCCCCCAUUAUAACCAUCCUCCGCCCCCACACAACCAUGGACCCCCUGGCUUCAAUGCCAACCCCCGCAUGAUGGGCCCCCCGCCACCCCAGGUCCAUGGAGGAGACAACAGCAACUACUGGGGGGACGACUCGAUGAGGGGGGGCCCACACCGGGGCGGAGGGGGCCACUUCCACCGAGGGGGCCGAGGGAGAGGAGGGGAACAGGUGGGCUUCAGAGGGAGAGGACGAGGAGGGCCUAGAGGAGGACACAACAUGGGAGACAUGUCCAAGAGGCCAGUGUGUCGCCACUUCAUGAUGAAAGGAAACUGCCGUUACGAGAGCAACUGUGCUUUCUACCACCCUGGCGUCAACGGUCCUCCCCUGCCCCCCAACCACCCCGCCCACAACCAGUACAAUGACCACGGACCCCAACACGGGCACUAGACCACCAACACACCUCGAACACAAAGACAUGACAAUACCCUGAUACUACCACUAGGUGGCAGAACUCCGAAUUCAUGAGCUGCUGGUUUAGUUUCACCACUGGAACAGAGAGAUAGACAGCCCACCAGGCUAGAAAGAGAGUCAAAUGUGACCAUCAAUGUGAGAGACAGACAAGGCUGUGUCCUGCAGCCUUAACAGCUGCUCUGGUCUGGUAAUCUCAAUGUGAUUUUUCUGCAGGUCUGUUGAAGAAGCAGUUCCACUACUGUUCUCCUACUGUGUGACUGGGACUUUGAUAUGAAGGCUCACCAGUAGCAGAGGAAGAUACUGAAUAUAGAGGGCAGAAUCAGACAUUUAUCUACUACUUCCUCUUCCUCUCUCCCCACACCAACCCAAUAUAUCCCCCAAGAAAUUAUCGACUUCAUACGUCCUUUUUUGUUUGCCCUGCUCGCUCAAACUCCCUUGAUCAGGGACAGAGGACAUUGCUUGUACACCAGAAUACACAGACGCUCAUGCCCUGGCUUUGUAAAAGUAUAGGUACUGCUAUAGCUGUGAGAUGAUCAUUUAGUAUGUUUGUUUAAAUGUUUUAUUGUGAUCAUUUUUAACACAGUUGCUUCAGGUUGAUGAAGAUGUACAGUAACCAGACACUAUGACCACUAUGACUUAUGGUUGCGGUCUGUCACUUUCCCAUAUAGCCUAUCAGCCAGCCUUGUCUAAUGCACUUGUCUCUACAUCUUUGUCUGCUACUUCAAUCAGCACUGAGCUAAGAGGUCAGCAAUGAAGAUGGCAAAUCAAUAGAAACAUCUCCAGGAUCUCCCCAGUAUUGAGUGGGACUUCUUGAAGCCAAAUUACUCUAACAUCAUUCUGUUCUGUAGUUGUGUAGCGUCACUCCUGCCCUGGCUGUGCCUAUUGGACCAUGUUCCCCUGACAGACAGGAUCUUUAGCUAACCGUCAGCUCCAGAAUGAGUCUAAGCCCCACCCUCCCUCCUGAAUGACAAUGUAGCGCUGUGGUCCCCUGAGUUUUCAAACUGUAGUCAGAAAGACGUGGCCAAAUUACAAUGGUCAGUUCACCAUUUUAAAACAUAUUUACGGCCAAUUGGCAUGCAAGAAAGACAUGCCACUUUUUCUACCGUAGGAUUUCAACAGAAAACAAGACGAUGAAUGUGAAGUCGACCAAAUAAUUGUAACAUUGUUUGUUUUUUGCCAACUUCCCCAUAGGCAAGAGAGUUAUCAGUUAGGAAGCACUUUAAGAGGAAAGAUGAGGGCCAAAUCCAAGUUGUUUCCACCAGGCAGCCUGACUGACAGGACAGGACCCACCACGCUGCUUGUUCUACUAUCUAGCUCCUGCUCUAGAAAGGCCUGCCUCAAACAGUUCCCCUCAAGAUCAAAUGAACGAAACAGUAUUAAGAAAACGUUUAACUGAAACACCCAUAGAUGAAUGCCUACACACUGAACGAACAAACGUGUUGCAUUGUCUGAUAGUGAGUACUAGUGGUCAGCCUAUCACAGGAGAGGGGAACAACAGGAAAAAGCAUAGCUUGAUUUGACUGAGCCUUUUACCUAGAAGAGUACAUUAUAGUGAAUGAAGUUCUGGUCUAAUGGAAGCCUCUGUGAUUUUUAUAUUUCAACAACUGUAUAACCUGUACCACCAGGAGUAUAUAUAUCUUCCAUGUGACAAAAACGAUGGUUGGAUGCCCUGUGGCAGACACACAGUCAGUCCCCUUUUAUAGAAGUGCUUCUUCACACACAGGCCUGUAUUAGCUUGUAUGGGCUUCAGUGUUCGGUCAGUGUUAUGUCCGACGGGGUAAAACUAAGGAAUCAUUCUCUGGGUCAACUAAUUCAAAGUGUUUUCUGUGAAAACCGUGGCCUUCAUGUCUCUUGUGGGACUAUAAUUAUGUCAUAUUUUGUUUUUGGUUGGAUUUAUUGCAUUUUUAUUUUGAUAUGAUACUGAUGAGUUGGAUCUCUCCAAUUAGGUCCAAGUUUUUGUUAAAUUCUUGUAUCCAUUUAUUUUGUACAUGUAUUAAUAAAUGUCCUAAAAUGAA